UAUUAAUCCAAACGUAUCCACAUGGCCACAGGGAAUUUGGGGACGUGGAGCAAAUGUUGAAAAAAAUAAGAAAAACGAAAACAAAUAAAUAAAUCAAAACAACUGAAUUACGAAAUCAGAGUUCGGAUAAGAAGUUAGCGCAGUGUGUGUACUGUGUGUAAUCUAGUGAGAGAGCGAUUGCCUAUGGCCGCAAUUCAGCAGCUCACCCUCUCGCAUUCCUCAUCCUCCAUUAUCACACCAUCGCCCCCUAAAUCUCACUCCUCCAGUUUCCGACGCCGUUCGCUGCUCCCGUCCGCUUCUGCCGCCCGCGAGUCUCCUCCUCCGGCGCCAGGGAAUCCAAUUGGCCGCCGCGGAUUGAUAGGCCUCCAUGCCGUCGCUGCCGCCGCCAUUACACUAUCGCCACUGGGAAAAAAGGCAUUGGCCGCCGACGAGCCCCUCUCUGAGUGGGAAAGAGUUUACCUGCCUAUUGACCCUGGCGUUGUCCUUCUGGACAUAGCCUUCGUCCCCGACGACCCAUCCCAUGGUUUUGUAUUGGGGACGAGGCAAACUAUCUUGGAGACAAAAGAUGGAGGGAGCACUUGGACUCCACGUUCCAUACCGUCCGCCGAAGAUGAAGAUUUCAAUUAUAGAUUCAACUCUAUCAGCUUCAAGGGCAAGGAAGGGUGGAUUAUCGGCAAACCGGCUAUUCUGUUAUAUACUGCGGAUGCUGGAGAUACUUGGCAGCGCAUACCACUAAGUGCUCAACUUCCUGGUGAUAUGGUGUAUAUAAAAGCCACUGGAGAAAAGGGUGCAGAAAUGGUAACUGAUCAAGGUGCAAUAUAUGUAACAUCAAAUGGAGGAUACAACUGGAAGGCUGCUGUCCAGGAGACUGUUUCAGCUACCCUGAAUCGAACAGUUUCUAGUGGUAUUAGUGGUGCAAGCUACUACACAGGCACCUUUAGUACAGUGAACCGAUCACCUGAAGGAAACUAUGUGGCUGUUUCAAGCCGUGGUAACUUCUACUUGACAUGGGAACCAGGUCAGUUUCUCUUUCUAAUGUCUUGUGAAGUCGAGAAAACUUAUGUGAAAGAAUUAUCUCAGGCAUUCUGGCAACCACAUAACAGGGCUGUAGCAAGAAGAAUCCAAAAUAUGGGCUGGAGAGCUGAUGGUGGUCUUUGGCUUCUCGUGCGUGGUGGUGGGCUAUACCUCAGCAAGGGCACAGGGAUAUCGGAGGAGUUUGAGGAAAUACCUGUGCAGAGUCGUGGAUUUGGGAUUCUUGAUGUUGGAUACCGCUCCCAGGAGGAGGCCUGGGCUGCUGGUGGCAGUGGAAUUCUGUUGAAAACUACAGACAGUGGGAAGAGCUGGAGUCGGGACAAGGCAGCUGACAACAUCGCUGCAAAUCUGUAUUCUGUAAAGUUUAUUAAUGACAGACAAGGCUUCGUGCUAGGGAAUGACGGAGUCUUGCUAAAAUAUUUGGGAUGAAUAACAUCUUGAAUGAGGAUUUGAAGAAUGGGUUCCAGUUUUGUAAUGCUGAAUCAAUAUUACACUUCUGUACACUGUUGUAUGGUUAUCAGUUGCUUUCGUGUCUUGAAAGCCACGUACACCAAUUUGUUAUUGUAAAUUUCCAUUUUUCUCUGCAUUAACCACUAACAAUUUAUGUUGAUAAAGAUAUAACGUGUUCGCUUCGAGGAAUAAAAUUUCCGUUACUUUGUGAACCAA